UACAGGCAGCUAUACUACUACAUACAAUACCUGUCAGUCUAUUCUACAGGUAGAUUCUAGUAUACAGGCAGAUAUACUACUACAUACAAUACCUGCCAGUCUAUUCUACAGGAAGAUUCUAGUAUACAGGCAGCUAUACUACUACAUACAACACCUGCCAGUCUAUUCUACAGGUAGAUUCUAGUAUACAGGCAGCUAUACUACUACAUACAACACCUGCCAGUCUAUUCUACAGUGCUAGGAAAGGUCAAGAUAUCGUUAAAAUCACUAAACCUGGUCCCUUAGCUGGGGUUGAAGAGAAAACUAAAAGUAUUUUUCUCGAACCAAAACUAUGGUGCAUCAUCUGGGGAAUGUGCUCAACUACUGUAGGAUACACCAACUUUGGUCUUUAUCUUCCUCUUCAUCUAAAUUCUGUUUUUCAAUUUAACUCUCAACAAGGUUCACUCUUCCUUUCAAUCUUUUCAAUAGGAGAUUUUUUUGGUAGAGUGUUUGGCCCAGCUCUUUCUGAUAAAUUUGGGACAAGAUGGUUGUGGUACUGUGGAGGUUUAUCUGGAGCUGGUUUGACUAUGAUAAUUUUAGCUUUUCAAGUUCCCCCAACUGUAGUAGGAUGCUGCACAUUUACUGCAGGUAUAUGUAGUGGAGUAUUUAUUGGAAUAUAUCCUGCUCUACUCUCAGAUGAGCUAGGAGCUGAUCGUCUUAACCAUACUUAUCCGGUCAGUCUUACGAUAGCCGGCAUCUGUAAUCUAGCCGGUCCACCUAUACUAGCUCAGAUUUCCUCCCGGUUAAACUCCUAUGCUGUUAUGAUGGUUCUAGGUUUGUCUUUAAUCUUUGGUUCUCUACCACUUCUUCUAAUCUCUACCUGGAGAUUAAAUCCUGAACAUUUAACAUCAGCUCAACCCAACCAGGAGGAUAUUCUGGAGAAUAAAUCCUGAUUCUUCAACCUCAGCUACAUCAGUCCAAAAUAAGCCGAGAAAUAUUUUCAAAAUACGCAAGUUUUGUACAUUUAAAAAAAAUAUAUAUAAUAAACAUU